ACAAGGAAUUCAUUUGACAUUUUCAUCUCACGACUGAAAAGACAGGGACACACUACAAUGUCUGCACCUGCAACUCCUGCUUUGGCGUUCUCAGUUCCCAAGAUAGGUUUGCCUACGGGAUUCGACGUUUUGAGAACGUAUUCAGGAGCAUUCGUUUUCUUGGAGAUACUUUUUGGCGGUCUAGUAUGGAUUUUGGUAGCCGCUUCAAAUGUCCCAGUGCCCCUCAUGCAGGGUUGGGUUAUGUUUGUAUCGGUUACCAUGUUUAUCUUUUCAACUGUGUACCUAGUUUGUUUUCUGUGUGGCUUUGCUGAUAGAAUAAACACAGACUGGAAUUUCUUGGACUUUAGUUACCAUUUCAUUGCCUUGUUGUUCUACUUUGGCGCCUCCCUUCUUGAAGCUGCAACAACCGCAGCUGCUGGUACUAUAGUACCAGGGAAUUCCUCCGCCAACCUCAGCAACACCAAUGGAGCAUGUACUCUGGUGCUGCCAAAAGGGAAUGUUGUCACCUUCUUAGAUUAUCGUCAGUAUAGCAUAAACGUUGCAGCUACUAUAUUCGCAUUUGCCGUGACAGCAUGUUAUGCCUGCAGUAUGUGGCUGGGAUUCAGAAGAUGGAGAGGGUAGUACUGCACGACUCUUGCUGCACGUAUUCUAUACAAAAUAUAGUAUACCUGGAAAAAUAUGCAAUGGACAAAUCGUCUUUCCUUUUUUUGUUUUUUUACCACUAUUGAAGCCUCCCACUGUCAUCUUACAUAUUCAUCAGAAAUAACCAGGAACAAGACAUCUUGGUCAAAAUAAUGUAACUGCUUUUCCUGUUUUGUGUGUUACAUUUUCAGUAUUUUUAUUUGAAGAUCUGCUUGUUUUUCAGUUGUGUA